AUGGAGAUGAUAGUACUAAGGAAUUCUGCAUUGAUCGGAGACAAAGAAGUUACCACCAUUUGGUCCGACGAUGGUAGCGACACGUUUUACUUUGCGGCGGGUGAACUGGCAGCCGCACUCGGAUACAUCGAAACACGUAGCGCUGUUACCAGGCAUACAAAAGAGUGGAUGAGAACUACGCUUGGUAAAAUCAAGGGAGGUGUGAAACACACCUCCCUUACAAACAUACCCGGUGGUGUGCAACCCAACAUGGUUUUUGUUACCGAACCUGGUUUAUACAGUCUCGUAUCCCGUUCAAAAUUACCUGCUGCCAAGGAUUUUCAGCGGUGGGUAUUUGAAGAUGUUCUUCCGUCUAUCUGAAAAACGAGAACGUAUACAUUACCGGGUGUUUUAAACAAGGUAAAAAACAUCAAGGACAGUGAAUUGCAACAGCUUGGUGGUGAUAUCGAACAGGCAGAAGUACGUCGUGAAUUAGUUCAUAAAAGUGAUAUUGUAAAAGAUCCGGAAGCAGUUUUACAAGGGUGGGUUGGCUGUACAAGAAAAUAUUAGACAGAUGAAAGUAAAAUUAUGUGAGAAGGAAAUGGAGUCUCUUGAACUUGAAAGGGAACGGAACGAACUUGUAGAAGAACGGGAUAAUAUUACAGAAGAACGGAACGAUCUCGAAGAACGGAAUGAUCUCGAAGAAGAGGCAAGAGGUCUCGUAAAAGAAUUGGAUGAAAGAGAUGAAAAAAUCCAGGAACUCGAAGAGGAGAACGAAAGACUUUGGAUCGAAAAUAAGAAACUUAAAGAACAAUAA